CAUCCGAUCACCACAGUAAACGAGUGUAAAAAAAAAAGGGAAAAAAAGAAAGAAAAAUCUCGCUGCCGUCGUCCUUUAGCAGUCAGUAGCAGCCGCAGGCAUAAGAUAAUAAAUGGGAGUGGAGAAGCAAGUGAUCAAGGCCGGAAACGGCCCCAAGGUCGUCCGCGGCCAAUCCGUCACCGUACACUGCACUGGAUUCGGCAAGAAUAAUGAUCUCUCACAAAAGUUUUGGAGUACUAAAGAUCCUGGACAGAAACCAUUCACAUUCAAGAUUGGCUGUGGAUCAGUUAUAAAAGGCUGGGAUGAAGGCGUGCUGGACAUGCAAGUUGGAGAAGUCGCUCGCCUUCAGUGCACCCCGGACUAUGGCUAUGGAGCUAGUGGAUUUCCAGCAUGGGGAAUACAGCCUAACUCUGUCUUGGUCUUUGAGAUCGAAGUGCUCAGUGCACAGUAACUAGAAAUGAGGAACUUUUAGAGCCUCUGAAGUCAUGAACUAAACUGGAACACUUUUAAUAGUGCUGCUGGAAGUAAUAUGGUUUCAUGAAAAACUAAAAAGGACUUGCUACCUGUCUUGAGUACUCUAUUUCUGAAAUGUGGAGUUGCUUAUAUCUUUAAUCUCAAACGGCAGUAAUUUUACGCCAGGGUAGGAUUUAUAUGCUCAGCUUGGAGCAUGUAGCAAUCUGGAAUCGAAUAUUUGGAUCAUUUAUUUGUCUUUUUAUAUCCAUAUCUAGUGUUUGCAAAUGAA